AUGACCAAGAAUGCAGAGAAGGACCUUCUUCAGCCACUUUUCCCCUCAAACACGAUUCCGCCCGAGCCGUCAUCGGUCAACCUUGGUGUAUUUCACCAAUCACAGGCAGAUCCAUCUAGACUGAAAACCGCCAACGACAAAGAAGUUUAUGUUACUAUUGCAGUCACAGAUUUGGGAGAAAAAAACGGCUGGUUUACAUUUUACGAAGGCUCUCACAAGCGGAAACCGCCUUUUGGGAACCCUGUAUGUUUAAAUUUGGAGGCAGGCGAUGCCGUCGCCUGGAGUGGAAGUAUCGUUUAUUCUCACACCUCAGGGGGAGGUGUCUCUUCAACUUCACGCGCGAUAUGA